UAUUUUUACUUAAUUGUUUCGCUAUAGAUUUCGCCUUUGUGUUUAGUCUGGUUUGUUUAUCUUUUCGAUUGGAUCCGCAUGGGUAUGCUUUUGUUUUCCGCCAUAUUUCAAAACAAUGUAAAAGUUAAAUGGCAACGGAAAAGGUUCGUCCUUAAAUCGUGUUAAAACAUUUGGGUUAUAACCCAUCACACCUUCGUACAAAGAAUCCAGGAGGACAUUAAGCAAACAAAAAGAUGUACUCGAAUGCUACGCCGAGGAUUUGCGUUACGUAACCGUGGAUUGGUUGGUCCGGAAUACUACUAUAACAAGUGAAAGGAAAUUAAACAUUUAAUAAAUUUUUGUCAUCACCCCGUUUCUAGAUUGUCAGAAAUAUUUACUUUUAAAUUGUAAAUUGUUCAGCAAUAUGGGAAUAUUGAAGUAGUCGCAAACUAGUUGCAUGGUAAAUGGAUAUGUCGGUUCUUUAAAGAGAAAUAUGAACUGUCUGUCUCACUUGAACUAUGCAAAUAUAGUCAGAAGCCCUAUCUAGAGAACAAACAGACACACAAAGAAACCGAAUUUACAAAAUUUGUCAGAUAUUGUUUGAUCAAUGACAGCUGUAAAUCCACUGGACAAAUCGAUAAUUAUAAACUUGUUAUCUUUGUUUCGUUAAUUUAAGAUUUUGUAUAAGGGUAAUUUAUCUAAAUACACAUUGUUUAUAAUUUGAAACAAAUCGCCGAGAUGGAAUCUAUUUUGAAAACUAGUUGUUCGGAAAAAGUGAAUUCGAGGGCAAUCAGUCCGCUGAGGAGGUGCGAAAGUUCAUUAGCAAGAAUAUUUCCAAACAUGUCUGAAAUGUUGUCUCGAGAGGACCGAAACCAAAUUUCUCGCUUAAAUAAAGUAAAACGUCAACGAUUACGUCCAAAUCAAACUGUUUCCAUCGAUUCAUCACCGAUGAUGAUGCUUCCGAAGGCAAGAAUCAGGACAGAUUACAAUCAAUUGAACAGACGAAAAAUGAGUGUGAUUUCGGCAGACGAUACAUCGGGUCUCCAUCUUUCUACAAUUUCCGGUUCAGCCAUUGUUUCAAAAUCAUUUUCGAAGUCUUCAUUGCGAAAUCAUCAUCACAGUAGCCGAAGUGAUGUUGAUAGUGGUAUUGGAUCGAUGAGAAGAAGUGUGACGUUCGAUGAAAUCAGCUUUGGACGAUCAUCGUUUAAAUCGAUAGACGAUAUCGACGCAAUAUCGGACUUUGACCAUCAAGAAAGUAAGGAAAGGGACGAUCAUAUAUACGAACCAUUCCCCGAAGGCAGAUACAAUGAAAUGCCACAGUAUGUGGACACAUAUAGUGAUAAUCAGUUUACACCUACUAAGUUCUCAAAGAAGAAAAAACAAAAACGUGUGCUUCCUGUAUCAAAUCCGGACACUGAAGAAAAUCACGAAGCAAAUUGUCCAAUAUGCAGUGGAUUUAAUAAUCAAACGGCGAGAAUGCAGAAAUAUUUCGGUAGUGUUGACGAAUUUUUCAAAUGGUUUUGGUCAAGAUGGGGAAAGGGAUCAGAAGGAAACAACUUUCAAAGAAGAGGUUAUGGCUUGCAAGGAUACAGACCUAGGUUCUGUAAUAUCGUCAAAAGUAUGCAGUUACAUUCAAGAGAGGGUCGGGAUAUGUCUCCGUGUACAGGAGACUCUGGGUUCGAUGAAUUUGAUUAUUUCACAAAAGAUGGAAGGAUGAUAAACCGGUGGAGAAAAGAAAGCACAGCAAGCUAUGACGAUGAAGGCAGUGACGUUUUUGAGCAAGCCUCCAUACCAGAACACCCUGAGGUUAUUAAACAAGAUGAUUUAUCGAAAGGUGCCGGUAGCGGCCUCGAUGGAAAACCCGGAACACCUACCUCAAUCAACGAAGAUUUAGAUCGUAUGGAUUUGACCAAUUUGAAUAAUGAGGAUUAUGAUCCGGAGUCAAUUGAACUGGUACCUCCAGUUGUUAUUGUAGAGAGUAAGUCGGGCAAACCACUGCACCGUCUGUCUAUCGAUAUCAAACUUGCUUCUGGAUUACAAGACGAUGAUGAUGAUUUAUUGAAGAAAAAGAGACAUAUACAUACACUCACCAUACCCAAUGACACUACAUAUAGAAAUACUGACGACGACCACAACAGAGCUACAGAAUCACCCACACAACCCCCUCCCUCUCCGGAUGUUUCGUUCUCAAAAGAACCAGUGAAACCACCUUCUCCUCCUAAAACUAAGAAACCCGUAACUAAGAAAACAUUAGAAAAGAAACCUUUCAACAAAAAGAAAAAAGAAGAUAUGGAAAAACCAGUUGAAGUACCGCCACCACCGAGAGAACCAACGCCGCCACCGCCGCCACCUGUUGAAGAAAAAAAAGAACCAAUUAUAGUUAAUCUGCCAGAACCAUCCUUGCCUGAAUUUAAAGAACCAGCGUCAAAACAAAAGAAAGAGAAAAACAAACCGGAAAAGUUUGCGAUACCAAAAACUGAAAAACCUAAAGUAGAAGAUGAUAGUUUGUUUAAUGACGCAUUGACAGACCAUCUAAAGAAGUUUGAACUUAUGGUAUCAGAUAUGACUAGUCCAGAAGAAUCCCCGAAGAAACAUACAAACAAACCGGUGAAGAUAACAGGGAGAUUAGCCCUGUCCCAACAGUCCAGUAGGUUCACAUUACCCAUGGAUAUGAAAGAGCUGGAAACAAUGACUCCAAAGCAAUAUAUUGUAAAGUAUUGUAAAAUUACAAAAAGACGCCAGCACCUGUAUGAUAAUGUGUAUAGACAAACUGUUGGUGCUGUAACUAAACCAAUGCAUUAUAAGGAAUUGGAAAAAGCCUUGAAGAAUGUGCUAGUUGAUACAUUAAAUCAUGAACAUUAUCAAUAUAUUUGUGAACUCUUAGAAAUAAAGGAAGGUGAAGAUAUAAACUCAGACUUAUUUGCAAAAAUGUCAGCUUUAGCAGAAAGAUUGCUUUAUCCACAAUAUGUAACAAAAGAAACAGAAGACCACAAAGAUUAUCAGAAAGAACUAAUAGAGGUAGCAGAUUUUAGUGCAUUAGAAUGGAAGUUUCAUGGUGUCAAUGUUAGACCUGAUAUUCAAAAACUACUCAAAACAUUGUGCUGAAUUGUUAAAACUUAUUGUAUGUUUAGUCAGAUACUACUCAAAUGGUCGAAUCUGCUGAAAAGGAAUUAGAAGUUGUAUGGGGUCAAUAUUAAAACUCUCUAGACAAUCUAGUGAAUAUGGUCUGGCGUGAUUAUUUAGGAUAAAAGUUUUAAACUAGGAGCAGCAAUUUACAUAUUUAUACUUGUUCAAAUAAACUGAUAUUUGCAAUGUGAUUCCCAGAUUAGACUAUGUUUGUCCAUUCUGUGAUACUGUAUGUCUUCUUUUUUCAAGAUGUUAUGCUUAUAUGAUGUGAUGUUGUUUGGACACAGUCAUGAAACACUUAAAUAAGAAAUGUCCUGACCACUACAGCUUACAUGAUAUUUAUUCCAAAAGUUAUAUUUUUAAGGAUUUUAUUUUCAUUUUUUUAAUAUAAAUGAGACUUGAUAACCAUACUGAUAAAAAUCAAUCUGUUGCCAUAUGAAAUGCACAGCUUUGUUCUUUUAAAUUCUGUCUAUUUCUAAGAUUUUUCGUUUUAUACAAAAGUGGUUGACAGGAUUAAAAAAGUCUAUUGAAACAGCUUUAUCGAAUUGAAAUGCAUUAAAUGAAAACUUUUAAAUAUUACUUAUAUCUAGAAUUAUAUUAGUUCAAUAUGUGAAAAUUGAUUGACUUAUCUGAUGAUAUAUAAAGAAAUGAAUGAAGAUAUACAACGGUAGAUUCCAUGUUGAAUUUAAUGCAGAUGUGCUUAUAAAUUUUUUAUGUUAUUUCAAAUUGUUAUUGUACUUUUGUCUCUAUUAAAAUUGGAUGGAAGCAAAUUCAUUGUUUUCAUCUAUGAAUUUAA